CAACUUAUCGCGAAAUCAUCCUUUGCAGUCUGCGAGACUGGACCAAACCACAGCAUGGACAGCUCGCCCCGGCCGCCCCCCCAACGGCGCCACGACCUCGCCGUCGUCAAACAGCAGCUCGUCAUCGUUGUCUCCGUCGCAGCAACAGUCUUCGUUCUAUGUCCAGAAUGGCUACAGUUCUACAGAAACCUCGCCGUCAUUCCUCUUCUAGCAUGGCUGACGGCCAAAGGCUUCGACCUGGUCAUCAUGCUGAAUGAUAAAUGGGACAAUGCACCAGCCAUGGUCAAGUACUUUGUUCCCAUCGACUUUCCCCAGAUUACACCUCCGUUUGAGAAAAUGAGAAGCUUGGGGAAUAGACAGUUGGCAGUUGCGAGGACAAAGUUUCGGCAUUUCUCUUCGGAGGUGAGAGCGGUGGUUGUCGCUCUGAUGAAUUUGGUCUUGGCGCAGAUUAGUGGCGGUCAAUCUGGAGUCGACUCACCAGUUUCUGAGGAGAAGAAAGCGAAGCCUGCGCCGAAGCCAGAUGAAUGGGUAGCGAUUCUAGUCACAACGCCGCUCAUCAACGACGACACCGGCAUCGAUUUCGGCACGAAUACCAUCGUCGAAAUUGGCGAAGUCAUUACCUGGGAACAUACGCAGACAACAUCGCUUCCGGCCAUUCUUCCUUCGUCCACAUUCCAGGUUCAGAUGACUGUUUGUCUGAUUCCCAGGAGUAUCUGGUACUCCCGCAAGACUGUCCUCGAGAAGUUUACAACUGGGCUUUACUGGAACCACCAGCCGGGGCAGUCAGUAUGUGGAGGAGAGCAAUGGGAUGAAGAUAGGAUUCGAAGCAUCUCGAAAGUACAAGUCAUUGGAAACGUGGAAAAGCACAGCAGCAUUGAGAAGGUCAACAAAUGCUUCGAGUCCCUUCGGCAAGAAUGGAACGAUGUCAACAUAUACUGGAGCGAUAUUGACUUUGCCAUCAUCUUCGCCUUCCUCCUCGUCGGCACCUCUUCCAUCGAGAUAUGCAAAAAACUCUUUGAUCGAUUCUCUAACCUCCGUGUUGAAAAGGCCAGUCGGAAUAAGGAACUUAACCGGACGCGCUUGGGAGCUGGUGCAGCCGUCUUGACUUUGUUGACCGGAGGAUUGGCUGCUCCUAUCACGAUACCCAUGAUGAUGGGCGCCGAGAUGACAAUGUCAACACACGAUCGAUACCUGUGGGGAGAAAGAACGAGAAUGUGUAAAGAGCUCUUGGGAAGAUAUGAGCAGCUGGAGGCAAUUGUUGAAGUGGAAGAGAUAAAGGUUCCAAAAGCUAUUGACCCGACGCCUUUUUUCUCACCUAAGACUAUGGAGUCGAGCUGGUUUGUCGAUGAUACUUGGUGA